ACAUUUUUAUAUGGGGAAUUUGGGUGGGAGGAACUAUUGGUAACCGGUGACGAAUGAGGUGAAAGAAGAAACAUUUCCUUCACGUGAGCUACAGAAGCGACACAUACAGUGGGGGAAGCCCGAGGGCUCGAUAUCUGCGCAACUGUUAUAUGAGGUGUGUUUUAUAUGCUCCUUAUAGUGGAGGCUGGGCCAGGCAGGUCGGACACUUUUCUACUGCGGAUCUGAAUGCAGACACACGAGCUGCGGGUGAGAAUACAGUAGGAAAAGCAAGUUUGCUUGGAGUUGGAAUUGUGCAGUGGUUCUGUUACAAGCACUGGUCCUGUCUUCUGGAAUUCGCUGCAACUAUUGGGCUCUAGCGCUGUACUAUAGGGUGAUGUUCAAAGGUCUGCAUCUUCUUUAACAGUGAUAAGAUGAAACUGGAGAAUCUUUACCUUAAUUAAAACCAUGAGCAACACAGAAGAACUUGAAGAAAAUGUCAGAAAACUGGUGGUUCGUCUCAAUAACAUAGAGGAAGGCAAACAGAUAGAUACUCUGGUCCAGAUACUUGAUGACUUGUAUGCUCAUACACUUUGUGACUGUGCACCAAAAAUAUUCCAGGACAAAAAUGUGCUUUCUCCACUGUUGUUGGUCUUAGACUUCUAUGGGAAAGUUGCAGUAAUACAGCAGGCUGGCUGGUCUCUAUUGUGCAGAUUAAUAGAAGUAUGUCCUGCUAUUCUUCAUAGUUUACAGACCCCCACUGACCUUGGAAAGGAAUGGGAUAUACUUGGUGUUCAUCAGCAAAUUCUAAAAAUCCUGUCUAUCUAUCUUACAAACAUAGCUGUUUUAACUACUGGAUUGAAAACUUUAACUGUUCUCCUAGCUUCAGAUGUAAUGCAUUUUUUGCUGUUGGAUCAUGAAGUGGAUAUAUUUAUGCUGAUUUUUGAUGCCAUGAGAGCAUUUUCCAACAAAGAAGAAAUUCAGAUAUAUGGAUGCAAAGCAUUAUACCUUCUUCUAAUAAAAGUUCCAGAACAGCAGCUGACUGAAUUCAUUGAAAGCAAGGAUCAUUUUAUUCUCUUGCGGGUUUUGAGAGACUUCAAAGAUAAAGAAUCUGUUGUUCUCCCGGCACUGCAAGUACUUCUUCCAUUAGCUGGCCCUUCUAGCAAUGUGGAAGUGCUUAUGUCUGGAAAUGUAAGGUGCUAUAACUUAAUAACAGAGGCCAUGAAAGCUUUUCCAGAUAAUGAAGAAAUGCAAGAAGUUUGCUGUUGUUUGUUUCAGAAACUUACUUUUGGAAGUUUCUAUAACAUCUUGGUACUUAAUGAAGCCCAUGAAGUCAUUAUACAGGCUCUUACCAAGUAUUAUUCCAAUGCAAAACUACAAGCAGCUGCUCUCAGUUGUCUUGCUUUACUUACCGAAACUAUUUUUUUGAACAAAGAUUUGGAGGAUGGUGAUAAUGUGGAGGAAAUCAAAGGACAGGCAUAUUGGUUUCAACAGUCAUUUAAAGCAUUGAAAUCACACAAGAAAAACACAGAGGUUCAGGAGGCUGCAUGUUGGGCUCUGAAUAACCUACUUAUGUACCACCAUGAACUUCAUGACAAAGUUGGGGAUGAGGACCAUCAAUAUCCAGUACAUAAAGAGGUGAUGCUGUCAAUGCUCAUGCAUUCUUCUUCCAAAGAUGUUUUCCAAGCAUCUACUACAGCUUUGGCCACACUCUCAGAAUAUAAUGUAAAUAUUAGGAAAGUUCUGCUGGAGAAAGGUGUUCAUAUAAAUGUUAUUGAAAUUAUGAAGAAACAUAUUGGUUGUCCUGAAGCUACAGAAAGUGCCUGUCGAGUUCUUCAGCAUCUUUUUAAUGGAAGCUCUUUUAAUUUGGAUAUUAUGGUUGGGGCUUUGACUGUGAUAUUAAGUGCAGCAAAAAAGCACAAGAACAUUCCAUCAGUCCAAUUAGAGGCUAUGCGUGUCCUUUUACAAAUGGUGUUUGAAGAUGAAGAAUUGAAGGUACAGAACAAUGCAGCAAUUUCAGAAGAAACCUUAUUUUUAAAUCUCCCACAAAAAGUAAUAAAGAACCAAUGCUUGUUAGAAGGAACACACAUUUUAGUUUUGCAAGCAAUGAACAAAUUUAUUGGCCAUCGUGCUAUCCAAGAAUGUGGACUGAAAGUGCUUCAGUGUCUUUCAGAGUGCUCUGGGGCCCUGGAUAUUCUUUCACAACAGGGUGCUCUGGAUACCAUUCUGCACACUCUUCAGAUGUACCCUGGAGAUCCAGAAAUCCAGUAUUUUGGCUUAUUCCUUUUAGCUCAUUUGAUAACUAGAAAAAACUUGUGCAUUGCAACAAUGCAUCUUUUAUCAACACAUUUGGUUUCUGCUUUACAUCGGUAUAAAGAUGAUGUCAGGAUUCAAGAAGAGGGAUUCUUAACUGUGUUGACAUUAGUGAAGCUAUCACAUAGUUUUGCAAAGCUAUUAGACCUAGAAGAGUUUGAAAAAGUUAUUUUCUACCAGAUAUCAAUGUGCUUGGCCAACAAACGGAAUAUGAAGUUUCAGAAGUUGUGCUAUGGCUGCUUUGCGGAAAUGACUUCCGAAGAUGACCUGAAGAACACUCUACUGGUGAAAGCAUGUGCUGACAAUUAUAUUGUAAUUGUGGAAUGCUUGCUUCUACUGGGUGCAGAUGUCAAUAAGAAAACAAAACAUACUUCUUUAAUCAUUGAGGUCUGUGAGAAGGGGAACAACCCUAAAUUGGUGGAAUUGUUGUUAAAUAAUGGAGUUCGAGAGCAAGAUGCCAGAAAAGCCCUGAAUGUUAGCAUUAAGAAAUGUGAUAAUGAAAUAAUAAGCUUGCUUUUAAAAAAGCUUGGUUUAGAUGCAGCCAACAACAGUAUAUGCCUUGGUGGAUUUCAUAUGGGCAGGACAGAACCAUCUUGGCUUAUUCCACUGUUCACAGAAAAACAGCCAUUGGUUAAACAGCCAUCAGUAGGUCAAGAAGGGAGAAAAGGUUCCAUUUUGGCAAGAAUGGUUUUGCGAUAUCACAGGAAGAAUUCAGAAAUAGAACGCUGUAGAUCCUCUGGAGACCUGAGUUUCACUGAAGAAAUACAUGAAAAAAGUGAAGAUAGUCUACUCCACCCUGAUGUUUUUGAAGAAGCUGGAAUUCCAUAUAGUGAUGUGGACAGUGAAGGAAGUGGUGGGUCACUUAGGAUGAAGAAAUCCAAUUCCUUUGGAAAUCUGGAUAUUCACAAACUGGAGCAUGCCAAGUUAUGGAGAAGGCAUUGUAAUUCAUUGGGGGCUUGGGCAGAUGAACCUAUAGUACAUCGAAAAAAAGAUUUUCCUCAGAUGGAUUAUCCAGGUGCAAAGUUGUCUUUGAACAUGAAGAGGGCAGACAGUUUGUCUUCGUUAGCUGACAAAGAUCACAUAAAAUCACUCGAUCUUUCAACAAAUGAUUUGGAAAAUAUUAAUCUAGUUCUUAAAAAGGGCAGCUUAACUAAUCACUUGGAACGUCUUGAAAAAUUAGAGCUUCAGCAUAAUUUAUUGUCAUCUUUUCCAAAAUCACUGUGUGAGGCCUUGAGAUCAUUAACUUACUUGGACUUGCGUGGCAACAGCUUCAAAUACUUUCCUCAUCAUAUACUAGAAAUCAAUUGCCUUGUGUUUCUUGAUGUAUCGAGAAAUGAAAUUGGUCCGAAUCUGGAUUGGAAUUCAAGUAAAAUGUGUCCAAAUUUAAAGCAGCUCAACCUCUCUUACAACCAACUGAUAACUUUUCCAGAAAACAUUGCCAAUAUUGCUCAGAACCUUGAAGAAUUAUUAUUGGAAGGAAACCACAUUUCUGAAAUCCAUGGACAACUCUGUUUGCCAGAAUUACACACUAUAAAUCUGAAUAAGAACAGAAUACAUUUUGUUGAGACUGAUUUCCUAAUGAACUGCGUAAAACUGGAGACAAUUAGUGCAAUGACAAAUUUACUGUCUAUAGCUCCCAAUUUGCCACAGAAGAUAACAACUGUAAAAUUGUCACAAAACCAAUUGACAAAUAUUCCAACAGAAAUUCUACAACUUUCUCAUUUACGAAGCAUAGACUUGAGCAAUAAUCAGAUUGUUCAUCUUCCUGGUCCUCAGGAGUGGGCAUCAUCAAAUUUGAGAGAAGUUAACUUGAACUACAACCAAAUCAGCAUUUUAAACCUUCGUAAAGAUGCGUGCAGAUGGUCAAGGCUUGAAAAAUUACAUUUAUCUAACAAUAAAAUUAAAGAGAUUCCUCCUGAAAUUGGGUAUCUUGAAAACAUCACAUCUUUUGACAUAAGUUACAACCCUGACCUUAGAACUUUUCCUGAUGAAAUGGGAAAACUUACAAAGGUAUGGGACCUUCCUCUUGAUGGACUGCAUUUGGACAUUGAUUUGAAACACAUUGGAUGUAAGGCCAAAGAUCUCAUAAGGUUUCUUCAGCAACGUUUAAAGAAGGCUGCUCCCUAUAAUCGCAUGAAACUUUUAAUUGUGGGGAACACGGGUAGUGGAAAGACAACUUUAGUACAACAGCUAAUGAAAUGCAAACGCCUUGAGCAUGGUGCAGAAAAAGCUACUAUUGGUAUAGAUGUGAAGGACUGGCCCAUCCUGAUCCGAGGCAAAAUAAAGAAAGAAAUCACUUUAAAUGUCUGGGACUUUGCAGGCCAAGAGGAGUUCUACUGUAGUCACCCACAUUUUAUGUCUCCACAAGCUUUGUAUCUGGUUGUUUAUGAUCUGAGCAAAGGUGUUUCUGAGGUUGAUGCCAUCAAGCCUUGGCUUUUCAACAUAAAAGCUCGAGCUUCUUCAUCUCCAGUUAUUCUGGUUGGAACACACUUAGAUGUGUCUGAUGAAAAAUGCCAGAAAGCCUGUAUUGGCAAAAUCAAACAGGAAUUAUAUAAUCAGCGUGGGUUGCCCUCCAUUCAGGAGUAUCACUUUGUAAAUGCCAAUGAAGAAUCAGACCCUUUGGCAAAGCUUAGAAAAACAAUUAUAAAAGAGUGUUUGAAUUUUAAGAUAAGAGAACAACCAGUACUUGGACAGCUGAUUCCAGAUAGUUAUCUAGAGCUCGAAAAAAAAAUUCUGAAUGAGCGCAAGACUGUUGCACUGGAGUUUCCUGUAAUCAGCCAUGAGAGAAUGCUAGAAAUUGUAGAGGAAAGUCAAUUACAUUUGGAUGAAAAUGAACUAAAACAUGCAGUACAUUUUCUCAAUGAAUCUGGGGUUCUGCUGCAUUUUGAAGACCCUGCUUUACAACUUCGAGAUCUUUAUUUUGUUGAUCCCCAGUGGCUAUGUAAAAUCAUCGCACAGAUUUUGACUGUGAGAGCUGAUGGUUGUCAAAAGUACCCUAAGGGAAUUAUACAUUAUAAAGAUGUGGAGACAUUUCUUGCAAAAAAGAAAAAGUUUCCUAAAAAUUACAUGUCACAAUAUUUUAAGCUGUUGGAAAAGUUUCAGAUUGCAUUGCCUCUAGGAGACGAUCAACUUCUUAUUCCCAGCAGCUUGUCUGAUCACAGACCAGUGAUAGAGCUUCCUCACUGUGAGAAUUCAGAGGUCAUCAUACGGUUGUAUGAAAUGUCUUAUUUCCCAAUGGGUUUCUGGUCAAGACUUAUUAACCGCCUCUUAGAAGUGUCUAAGUAUAUUCUUUCUGGAAGAGAACGAGCUCAGCGUCCAAACAGGAUGUAUUGGAGACAGGGAAUUUACCUAAACUGGUCUCCAGAGGCUUACUGCUUGGUGGAGUCAGCAACUUUAGACAGAAAUCCAAAUAGUUUUUUAAAAGUGACAGUCCCAUCCUGCAGAAAAGGUUGCAUUUUACUGGGCCAGGUUGUAGACCACAUAGAUUCUCUGAUGGAGGAAUGGUUUCCAGGUCUACUUGAAACUGAUAUUUGUGAAGAAGGUGAAACCCUUUUAAAAAAGUGGGUGCUGUACAGCUUUGAUGAUGGGCAAGAACACCAAAAAAUAUUGCUGUCUGACCUGCAGGCAAAAGCAGAAGAAGGAGACUUGUUGGUCAAUUCUGAGGAUUCAAGACAAACUAUUCCUAUCUCCCAGAUUGCGCCUGACAUUGUGCUGGCAGACCUUCCUAGAAAUAUUAUGUUAAAUGCUGAAGAACUGGAAUUUGAUCAGGCUCCUGAAUUUUUGCUGGGGGAUGGAGGGUUUGGAUCGGUGUAUAGAGCAUCGUACAAAGGCGAAGAUGUAGCUGUGAAAAUUUUUAACAAACAUACUUCUUCAAGGCUUUUAAGACAGGAACUUACAGUUCUUAGUCACCUUCAUCAUCCUAGCUUGGUGUAUUUGUUAGCGGCUGGAGUACAUCCAAGAAUGUUAGUUAUGGAACUUGCACCUAAAGGCUCUCUGGAUCAUCUCCUGCAGCAAGACAGCGCUAGCCUCACAAGAACUCUCCAGCACCGGAUAGCUCUGCAUGUAGCUGAUGGACUAAGGUACCUUCAUUCAGCCAUGAUUAUAUACCGUGAUUUAAAGCCUCAUAAUGUCCUUCUUUUUACUCUGUAUCCAAACUCGGCAAUUAUUGCAAAAAUUGCAGACUAUGGAAUUGCACAGUACUGUUGCAGAAUGGGUAUUAAAACCUCUGAGGGUACCCCAGGAUUUCGGGCACCUGAGGUUGCUAGAGGAAACGUUAUCUACAACCAGCAGGCUGAUGUCUAUUCAUUUGGGUUGUUGCUGUAUGACAUUCUGACAGGUGGAGCCCGCAUGGUGGAAGGUCUGAAAUUUCCAAAUGAAUUUGAUGAGUUGGCAAUUCAUGGAAGAUUACCUGAUCCAGUCAAAGAAUAUAAUUGUGCCCCUUGGCCUGAAGUUGAAGUAUUGAUUAAAAAGUGUUUAAAAGAAAAUCCCCAGCAACGUCCUACAUCUGUCACGGUAUACGAGAUCUUAAACUCAGCAGAACUACUCUGUUUAAUGAGAAACCAUGUGAUAUUCAGUAUGUUAACAGCAGAAUGCAUGGUGGCUGCCAGUCCUCUUGUCAAGAAGCAUGUUGUUUGGGUAGGAAAUGGCUGCACUGAAAAGGGACAGAUGUGCUGUAUCGAUUUAAAUAAAGGUGGACAAACGUGUGAGGAUUUUUCGGACAGCAGAAUCUUAUGCCUUACACUAGUCACAUUACCCGGAGAGAAACAAAACUGGAUUGUGGCUGGAACUCAGUCUGGAGAAAUUAUAACUGCAGAUUUAGACGAACUUAAAAUAAAACACACUCUGCAUAAAUUGACAGAUUCUGUUACAUGUUUGUUGUUCUCGUGCAUCCAAGGACAGAGCCAAAAGAAAUAUCACAUUCUAGCAGGUACUGCAAAUGGCCGAAUAGCAAUUUUUGAAAAUACUGCAGUAAAGUGUGCAUAUGCUGCACCAAUAAAGGUGAUCGACAUUGGUGAUAACAGCACUCCUGUAAUGUGUCUGUGUGAAUCCACUUAUUCAUCUGAAAAGAAUUCAGUCUGGGGUAUCUGUGGGACAAAGAUUUUCUCACUUUCUAGUGAAUUCACUGUACAAAAGACAAUUGAUACCAGAACUGCCACACUGUAUUCUCAUGGCUCAUACAGCGAAUCCAAUAUCACAUGCUUUGCGAUUGACAAAUACAUUUAUGUGGCAAAGAAAAUCAGUCCCUAUGUAGAAAUAUGGGACAAGAAGACAGAAAAAAUAUGUGAAGUCCUUGAUUGUGUCCAGUUCCUGAAAGAAGAUAGCAGGAAGAGAAGAAAAUGUAAACAGGAAGAAGCUUAUACUUCACGAGUAAAAGCUUUAUAUUUGCAAAAAAAUACUGCUCUUUGGGUAGGAACUGGGGGAGGUCAUAUUCUGUUAAUUGACUUAUCAACUCGUCAACCAAUACGAAUAAUCACAAGCUUCUGCGAUUCUAUUCGAAGUAUGGUGCCUGCACAGUUAGACAGAGGAAGUAUAAAGAAUGUUGUGCUUGUUUUGGGAUGUCGGUGCACACCACAAAAAGAGAUACAAUCAUUUCUCUCUGUCUGGGAUACUAACCUUCCACAUGAGGUCCAGAAUCUUAAAAAACACAAUGAAAUCAGACAAGAACUUGCUGAUAAACUGAGAGGAUUAUCAAUGGACUAAUGAAUAAUCGGUAUAGGGAAUUCGGAGUAUAAUUAAAAGCUUGGCCUAAUCACUGCUCUAAAGAGGAUUUAAUUAAGAACUCUUCCAAAUGAGUACAGCGAUGGAGCUCAUACAUCGUUGGAUUAUGUACCACUUUUAUUCCGAGUUGUUUCUUUAAUAGAUUGCAUUUUACUGAUUUUUUUGUUCUGGGCUGCCUGAUCUAAGAUUCCUAAUAUUAUUUAUCUGUUAAAUGUUGGGUAUCCAUCCUCAUUGCCUUUGAACCAGGCAUUGUGCUUUCAACCUCCUUGCCUGCCUUUAUAGCUAUUUUUACUUACAUCUUAAAAUGCAAUUUGCUGUGUUAAUAAGUAAUGUUUACCAGUUUAUUUAACCAUAAAAAGAGGCUAUAGAUAUAGAACAUGCCACCUAUAUUUUAAUUCAUAUGUGAGAGUUAAAGUUACAAUAUUGCCACAAGUAGGACCAACCAACAAAAUGUUUAAUUAAAGCAGUAUGGGCAGUAUUUUAUCUCCAAUUUCUGUAGUGCAUGCUUAUACAAAGAGAAAAAAAUGUUCUUGGUCCUUUUAAAGCUGCUAUUGCAUGCUUGUACAGUGGCGUAACUAUAGCAGAAGCAGACCCCAAGGCUUGGGGGGGGGCAUUCCAGGAAGGGAGGUAUCAGAAUGGGCGGGAAGUAGGUGGGAGGGAUUGCCGUGUGCCAGGCCCCUAUGAAGACUUUUUUUUAUAGCUGGGGACCCUGGCGCACACCAGUUACGCCACUGUGCUUCCACAUCUGUUUUAGAGCAAAUGACUAGAACACUAAUGUCCCUUACAUGAAGUUCUGGUCAUUUAAACACUCAAAAUGUAUUUAUAAUCCAAAGACUGAAACUUUUAAAAACAUUGGUCAACAAAGUGAAGUACAGUAUGUAUUGAGUUUAAUCCAGUUUUUAUGCAGAAUAUUUUAACUGUGCAUGCACACACACGCACUUAGGGGCGUGUGUAUUAUGUUGUGUAAAAGGAAAUUUUCCAAAAAAAAUGGUGUAAAAAUCUGCAUAAAAUAAAUGGUGAAUUUCUCAAGGUGUGUUUAAUUUUAUGCCUCGCAAACCCCAGAUUUGCCUCUGUUCUUUUACAUUGCUUCAGAUGGAAGAAACAAAAACGCAUAAAAAAAUGAUGGCGUUUUUUUACACAGCAACGUCUGGUGAUAUGUGGUGUAUUAUCCCACCAUUUUUACACAGCAUAAUAAAUAUACAGCUUAGAGACAUAACCCUGCAAUGCUGCUGGAUGGUUUUGGGGGGAGGUGUUUAAAAAAAAAAAAUAAAACUGUGCAUAUAACUGUAAAAUAUAAUAGCAAUUUUUCAUAUGUCAGUUCUGUGUUUUUACCCUUAAUGUUAAAUGGACAUUUUUAUUUAGACAUCUGCAAUAAAAAGUAAAUACUGUA